UUUGUUUGCUGAGUGUUGGUUGUUGGUUGCUAUUUGCUAUUUGCUCUGCUAAUUUGUAUUUCUUUUUGGUGAAUUGCUGCUAACUUUCAUUCUUGUAUUCUUUUUGGUUUUUAGUUUCAGGAUGCUGGAAGUUCAUGCUCACACUGAGUCCUGCAGGGCUGCUCGAUUCAUCAACGGUGGACGUGCGAUCUUGACAGGUUCUCCGGAUUGCUUAAUACUGGCUACGGAUGUGGAAACUGGAUCUACAAUUGCUCGUCUUGAUGAUGCUCAUGAGGCUGCGAUAAAUAGAUUGAUAAACUUGACUGAGUCAACUGUUGCCUCGGGAGAUGAUGAAGGUUGUAUAAAGGUAUGGGAUAUCAGAGAACGUUCUUGUUGCAAUUCUUUUAAUGCCCAUGAAGAUUACAUUUCAGACAUUACUUUUGUGUCUGAUGCAAUGAAACUGUUGGCAACAAGUGGAGAUGGGACUCUGUCUGUUUGCAAUCUUCGAAGAAAUAAAGUGCAAGCUCAAUCUGAAUUUUCUGAAGAUGAGCUACUGUCUGUGGUUUUAAUGAAGAAUGGUAGGAAAGUUGUAUGUGGAUCACAAACUGGAAUCAUUCUAUUGUAUUCGUGGGGAUGUUUCAAGGAUUGUAGCGAUCGAUUUACUGAUCUCUCUUCUAAUUCUAUUGAUGCUAUGUUGAAGCUUGAUGAAGACAGGAUUAUUACCGGAUCAGAGAAUAGAAUUAUCAACCUGGUUGGGAUAUUACCAAACAGAGUCAUCCAGCCAAUUGCAGAACACUCAGAAUAUCCUGUUGAGUGUCUUGCAUUCUCUCAUGAUAGGAAGUUUCUUGGAAGCAUUUCCCAUGAUCAAAUGUUAAAGCUAUGGGACUUGGAUAAUAUUCUACAAGGCUCAGGAAACACACAAAGUAAUGAAGCUGGAGCUGUUGACAGUGACGAUGAUGCGAUGGAUCUAGAUGAUGAUCCUUCAAAGAAUAGUAAAGGGAACAAGAGAAAGAAUGCAAAUAAUGGGAAUGCCCUAGGUGGAUCGAACAACUUCUUUUCAGAUUUAUAGGAGGUUUGAAUGCAUCUCUGUUCAAAUGUGUUGACCCAAUUAGAAAACUUCCUUGAUUUCCUAAUCAAUAUUAAGUUGAAGGCGCCCCUCCAAAAAAUGGAUACAUACGUUGGACCGUGUCCAGAUGAUGGCUUUUUUGUGUGUUAUAUUGGUACAAGGAUAUAAUUUUUUCUUUCAAUAUAUGAAGUAAUUCAUUUAUGUUAAAUUAUGAAAUAUAGUGACCAUUUUUAUUGUCUUUUCCUAUUA